GACAACUGUUACAGCGGCCGUCGGGUUUUACCCAGGCUCGCGCACGUAUAAAAGGCAGGUCCAGGGUGACAGGGAAUCAGUCCGUUCAUCGCACAGCCGAGAGAAACACUAUCAAGAUGCUGAAGUUUGUAGUAUUAUCCGUUGUCGCCGUGGCUGUGGUACACGCCCAGAAUAAAGACGAUACUCGCUUCCUUGGCGGAGUUCCUGGGGUUGGGGGUGGCUUCGUUCCAGGGGUUCCUGGGCAUGGCGGCGUUGCUCCUGUAGGCGGUGGCCUUGUCCCUGGCGGCGGUGGCCUUAUCCCUGGAGGUGGAUUCGAGUGCAAUUACUGCAGAACGAGGUACGGAUACGUAUGCUGCAAGCCCGGCAGGUGUCCACCGGUUCGCGACGUCUGCCCAGGCCUCAGGCAGGGUGUCCCGAUCUGCCGUCAGGACACCGACUGCUUCGGCUCCGACAAAUGCUGCUACGACGUCUGCUUGAACGACACCGUCUGCAAACCCAUCGUGCUGGGUUCUGAGGGAUAGGCCUGCAUGUUUAACCCUUCAAUUCUACUUUAUUAAAUAAAUACUAUAACUGUUAAUUGUU